AUGCCGACCUUUCGAGGCAUCCUCCGCCGUGGCCUCACCGUGGACGCCCUGCGCCAAUUCAUGCUCGAGCAAGGCCCGAGUCGAAAUGUCGUCCUCAUGGACUGGACAAUUUUGUGGGCAAUGAACAAGAAAUUGAUCGACCCGAUUGCGCCUAGACACACCGCUGUUAUAUCGAGCAAGGCGGCGCUGGCCACAAUCAACGGCGGUCCCGACGCACCGCGACACGACUCGCGCCCCAAGCAUCCCAAGAACCCGGCCAUCGGAACCAAGACAGUGACCUUUGCAUCCACCAUCUACAUCGACCAGGCCGACGCCGCAUCCUUCCACCUCGACGAUGAGAUCACCCUCAUGGGCUGGGGCAACACCAUCGAGCGGCACCUGACCAAAUCCUCCGACGGUGCCGUCACCAACCUGCAAUGCGAGCUGCACCUCGACGGCUACGUCUCCACGACGGACAAGAAGAUGCACUGGCUUGCAGCGCAAGGCGGUGACCUCGGAAAGGCGGAGCUUUGGGAGUUUGAUCAUCUUUUACUCAAAGACAAGCUUGAGGAAGACAGACGUGCUAGGGCUAGAGAAGUAUCUCAAUCCGACCACCGCCAGGAUGGAGCAGGCCCAUGGUGGACGUGGAUUGCAAGAAGCUGGUGGAGGGAUCGAUCAUUCAACUGGAGAGGAAGGGAUACUAUCGCGUGGAUAAAGGGACCGGCUGUGGACCAGAGGGUCGAAUGGUUCUAUUCAAAAUCCCGACUGGUGGGAAGGCCUAGCUCGUUACAGGGACAAUGUUUAGAGUCAAGGGAAUAUGGCGUCCAGGUGUAG